CGGGACUUUUUCCGAGCAUCAGCGUUAACAGGGACCUCUUUGUUAGAAACCUGGGACUAGCGGAGGGCUGUCUGCAUUCCAGUCGGAGGAAUCUUCCCAGUUUUCUUCUCUCUCAACGGGUUGGUCGUGCCGCUGGUAUUGGCCGCCGACGGGUUUUCUCCUCCCCUCUCUCCUUCGCUGCUGAGAUCUCGCCGCGGUUUGUUUUCUUGUUGCCCUUUUGAGAUGGAGGCGAACAGCUGGAGGCUCGCGCAGGGGGAGGCUUCCGCCGACGACAGCGCGUCCGUCGAUUGGCGGACCCAGCUGCAGCACGAAUCGCGGCAGAGGAUCGUCAAUAAGAUAAUGGACACUUUAAAGAGAUGCUUGCCUAUCGUGCCUGGGAGCUUAAAUGAACUUCAAAAAAUUGCUGUACGAUUUGAAGAGAAGAUAUAUACUGCAGCUACAAGCCAGACUGAUUAUCUGAGGAGAAUUUCUCUGAGAAUGCUUUCAAUGGAGACAAAGACUCAGCAUACUCCUCCAAUUAAUCCUUCAAUGCUGAACCCCGCAGUUCCAAACCAAAAUCCUACAGAGCCAGUGCCUCUCGGUAACGAAGGACAAUCGUUAAUGACUCCCAUGGUUAAUCUGCCUACAGCAAGGCAACAACUUCUACCCCAAAACUUUCAAAACAACACAUCAGCUGCUGUACAAAGUUCUGCCAACCUGCCAUCUACACUAUCAUCUAUCACAGGUCUCAGUCAGUCCAACAUAUCCAGUGUUUGUCAGACGUCCAACCUGCAGAACAUGCCUGGCAUAUCACAGAACUCUGCAAAUAGUUCUGUAGGGCAAGGUGCAACACCAGAUAUUUAUGCCAAUGCACAAAGGCAAAUGCAGGGAAGGCAACAACAGCAACAAAUAAAUUCCCAACAGCAGCAGCAAUCGCAGAAUCAGCUUAAUUACCAGCAUCAGCUUCAACAACAGUUACGAAAACAGAAGUUGCAGCAUUCUUCACUCAUGCAACCGCAUCUGCAACAGCAAUCUCUGCUGCAGCCAACACAGCUGCAAUCUUCUCAACAAUCUGUGAUGCAAAUGUCAUCAGGUCUUCAGUCAGGCCAGUCUAGUACUCGGCAGACACAGCCUACGACAAUGCAGUCUGCUGCACCACCUGGCCUUCAACAGAAUCAACUGAAUCCAGUGCAGCAAUCAGUACCACCUUUGCUUCAGCAACAUCCACAGUUAGUUUCCAGACAACAAGCACCGCCUUCUAGGCAUCAACAAACACCUUCACUUCAGCAACAGCCAACUCCAGUUCCUCAGCAGUCAAAUUUAUCAUUGCAGCAACAGCAGCAGCAGUUAAUGGGGAAGCAAACAAAUAUUUCAAAUAUGCAACAAUCUCAGCUGCUUGGACAACAAAAUAGUGUCCCAGACAUGCAACAGCAGCAGCAGCAGCAGCAUCAGAGACUGCCAGUUCAGCAGAAUAGCCUUUUGGGCAUGCAACAGCCUCAGCAGAUGUUAAAUCAGCAAAGUAUUUCUUUACAUCAGCAGCAGCAGUUAGGCCACGAAAGCAACAUAUCAGGGGUGCAGCAACAACAGCAACAACAACAGCAGCAGCAGCUACUUGGAUCCCUUCCUAAUGUUUCAAACAUGCAGGUACAUCAGCGCUCGAUGCAUAUUUUGCCACAACCAAAGACAGUUACACAGCCACAGCAGGAAAACCAGCAGACGUCCUUGGCGUUGCUGCAACCACAAGGUCAACAAUCCCAACAUCAAUCAACACAACAGCAAAUCAUUUCUCAGUUUCAAUCUCAGCCUGCACAGUUGCAACAACAAUUGGCAAUGCAACAACAACCAAAUUCCUUAGAAAGACCGAUGCAGCAAAGGCUUCAAGCUUCAGGUGGCUUACUUCAGUCUCAGAAUGCAAUCGAGAAGCAGAAGCAAUUUGUCCAGGCACAAAGAGUGCUUCCAGAGGUCUCCUCUAGUACAUCAGUGGAUUCAACAGCUCAAACAGGACAUGCCGGUGUGGCUGAUUUGCAGGAGGAGAUCUAUCAAAAGAUAAAAUCCAUGAGGGAGAUGUACUUUGCAGACCUCAAUGAGCUUUACCAAAAGAUUGCUUUGAAGUUGCAGCAGCAUGAUGCUCACAUACCGCCUGCAAAGCAGUCAGAACAGUAUGAAAAAAUGAAAAGCUUUAAGAUAAUGUUAGAGCGGACUUUAAUGAUUCUACAGAUCUCAAAGAAUAAUAUUCAACCUGGUUUGAAGGAAAAACUUCCUCUGUAUGAGAAACAGAUUGUUAGUUUUCUAGCUUCCAAUAAAAAGAAAAUUGUACCAUCACAACCACAGGGCCAGCAACAAUUCCAGCAUCCUGGUGGACUUGCUUACUCAUCCCAAGUUUCUCAACUGCAGCAGCAUGACAAUCACCCAAAUCAGGUGCAACACAUGAAUUUACAAGGUUCAGCAACUUCAAUGCAGCCAGCCGCUGUGACUGGCAUGCAACAUGUAUCCAUGCCUUUGCCAACCCACUCUGGUGUUCCAACAACCCAGCAGAAUAUCGCAAAUGCAUUACAGCCUGGUUCUAAUUCGGAUUCAGCUCAAGGCAGUUCAUUUAAUUCAUUGCAGCAGGGUGCUACAGGCUCAAUGCCACAAGGUGGUGGGGGAUCUGGGCCAAGUACCAUUAAUGCACCUCAACAGACCAAUGCCAAGGCUCUGUCAAACAGCUCUAUGAAUACAUUACAACCUAAUGCUAGCCUUAUGCAACCAAGUUCUAACACACUACAGCAGCAGCAUUUGAAGCAACAGCAGCAGGAACAACAACAGCAAUUGAUGCAAACUCAGCAAAUGAAGCAGCAAUUUCAACAGCGCCAUAUGCAGCAACAACUGCUUCAGCAACAGCAAAAGCAGCAAUUAAUGCAGUCGCAGUCAUCGCUUCAGCAACAGUUGCACAAACAACAAAAACAACAACCAGCACCGAUGCUGGCACACCAAAUUUCACAGCUUCACCAGACAAAUGAAGCCAACGAGUCAAAGGUAAGACCAGGGUUAGGCAUCAAACCUGGUCUUUAUCAACAACAUUAUUCUGCUGGCCAGCGCCAUGGAUAUUAUCAUCAACAACUGAAGCCAAGUGCUUCUGGUGCUUCUUUUCCAAUUUCUUCGCCGCAAAAUCUUCAAGUCUUAUCUCCUCAAAUUUCCCACCAUUCUUCUCCUCAAGCUGAUCAGCACAGUCUGUUACCUUCUCAAGUAAAAGCUGGAACCCCUCUGCAAUCAGCUAGCUCACCCUUUGUUCCAUCUCCUUCCACUCCCUUGGCCCCAUCUCCUCUACCAGCAGAUUCUGAGAAACAGCUUUCUGGGAUCUCAUCGCUUGCUAAUGCUGGACAUGUUGGACAUCAGCAAUCAGCUCUUGCACCACCUCAAGCACUUGCUGUUGGCACACCUGGCAUAUCAUCCUCAUCCAUUCCAGCAGAAAGUACCAGUCCAGAUGGAAAUCAGGCUAAUGUACCAAGUAUAGCUCCUGACAAAAAAAGUGCAUCAGAAUGGCCUCUAGAGCGCUUAAUUAAAGUGGUAAAGUCAUCAUCUCCGAAGGCUCUGAGCUCUGCCAUUAGUGAUAUUGGAUCUGUUGUUAGCAUGAUUGACAGAAUAGCUGGUUCAGCACCUGGCAAUGGUUCUAGGGCUGCUGUUGGUGAAGAUUUAGUUGCCAUGACCAAGUGCCGUCUGCAAGCUAGAAACUUCAUGUCACAGGAUGGAAAUGCUGCAGCAAAGAAAAUAAAACAUAACACAAGUGCCAUGCCCUUGAAUAAUAUGUCAUCAGCUGGCAGUGUAAAUGAUAGCGUCAAGCAAACUUAUGGUCUUGAUACAUCUGAGUUGGAGUCAACUGCAACAUCUCGUGUCAAGAGGCAGAAAAUUGAGGUAAACCAUGCUCUACUGGAAGAGAUUAGGGAGAUAAAUCAGCAGCUAAUUGUUACAAUAGUCAACAUAAGUGAAGAGGAUGCUGAUUCAGUUGCUGCUGCAUCAGAUGGAGAAGGAACAGUCAUCAAAUGUUCUUUCACUGCAGUGGCUCUCAGUCCAACUUUCAAGUCACAAUUCGCUUCAUCACAUAUGAGCCCAAUUUUGCCUCUGAGGUUGCUUGUCCCUGCAAACUAUCCAAAGUGUUCCCCUGUUCUCUUAGACAAUCUUCCAGAUGAAUCAAGUGGAGAGUCUGAUGAUCUGUCUGUCAAGGCAAAGUCAAGAUUCAGCAUAUCUCUCCGUGGCCUAUCACAGCCCAUGUCGCUAGGAGAAAUGGCGAGGAGGUGGGAUGCUUGUGCACGCAAAGUCAUUGCAGAAUAUGCCCAGCAGACUGGAGGAGGGAGCUUCAGCUCGAGAUACGGUGCUUGGGAAAACUGUGUUGCUUGACCAGGCCUCAACUGAUGCACAGAUUUUUCUUUUUUUUUCCAAGGUUCCUUUUGUAGGCUAUUAAAUUACUAGCUCGGUGUCUUGUAAUUAAUCAUUCCACAAUAUAUGCUGUUCUGGAGUUGAAGCUGCAGAUCCCUGGACCCUAAUUUAGGGUCCAAACUAAAAGCACAGUUGGUAUCUACAUUGUUGAUAUAAAUGUUAUGCCAACGGUAUGAAGCAUCAGAUAUCUAUGCAAUGGUUUGUAAUUAUAACAUCUCCACCAUUGGAUAUAAAGGCUCUAUGUAUGCAACCUUGAGCGGUUGCGUGGAAUAUGAACUUGUGAGCCUGUUGCAUAUGAUGUUCACAGUGGAAGAACUUUUGUUUCAAUUUUCUGUAUCGAUGCAAAAUGGGCCUGUUAAUGUU